AUGGCAAUGUGGACUGAAACCAAGGGAAAACUGUUUGAAUGUCCUGAUUGUGAGAAAUGUUUCUGUGAUAAUUCCAGCCUCUUGAGACACCAGAGAACUCAUACAGGAGAGAAACCCUUUGAAUGUCCUGACCAAUGCAGCCUGGUGAUACACCAAAGAACUCACACAGGAGAGAAAAACCUUUUGGAUGUCCAUGAUUGUGGAAAAGUUUUAGUGACAAUUCCAGCCUGUUUCAGUUACAAUUCUAGUCUGGUGAUACACCAGAGGACUCACACAGGAGAGAAACCGUUUGAAUGCCCUGAUUGUGGGAAAAGUUUCAGUCAGCAUUCCAAUCUCAUGGCUCACCAGAGAACUCACACAGGAGAGAAACCCUUCAAAUGCCCCGAUUGUGAGAAAAGUUUCAGCAAGACCUGCAACCUGGUUCAACACCAGAGGACUCACACAGGAGAGAAACCCUUCAAAUGCCCUGAUUGUGAGAAAAGUUUCAGUGCCAAUUGCAACCUGGUGAUACACCAGAUGACUCACACAGGAGAGAAACCCUUUGAAUGUCCUGAUUGUGAGAAAAGGUUCACUGCUAGGUCUAUCCUGGUGUUACACCAGAGAACUCACACAGGAGAGAAACCGUUUGAAUGUCCUGUUUGUGGAAAAAGUUUUAGUCAGAAUUUCAGCAAGACCUGCAACCUGGUUCAACACCAGAGGACUCACACAGGAGAGAAACCCUUCAAAUGCCCUGAUUGCGCCUCCUUGUUAGACUUUGACAGCUGUGGGUUCAUUGCACCACUAAGGGACUGA